AUGAGACUCACGGCAGACCUCAUCCACAACUCCCUCUCCUACCUCAACCCGCUCAAGGAGCGGGAAAUAGACCUCCGAGACGGGUGUAUCAACGUGUUUAUCUCUUGGUGUUUUUCGCCGCAUACAGGACACAGAAUACCCGCCAUCGAGAACCUGGGCGUGGCUGGGCCCCACGAUGCCAUAGACCUGACCGACAACGACAUCCAAGUGCUGGGCAACUUCCCGCUGUCGCCGCGCCUGCGCACGCUUCUGCUCGGGCGCAACCGCAUCGUGACCAUCCAGCCCACCCUGCCGAAUGCCAUACCCAACCUGACCAACCUCAUGCUGGCUGGCAACAGUCUCGCCGAGCUGGCCGACCUGGACGUGCUGGGCCGGUUCCCCAGGCUGACGCACCUUGUGUUGAUGGACAAUCCGGUUACGAAGAAGGAGAACUAUCGGUACUGGGUCCUCUGGCGGUGUCCCACCGUCCGGUUCCUCGACUACCAGAAGGUCAAGGAUGCCGAGCGGGCAAAGUCGAGGGAGUUGUUUGGUUCGGCCGAUGCGCCGACGGAGUUGGCUUCGCGGAUCAUGGGGAUCAAGAGCAAGACGUUCGACGUUGGCGCGGCAAACGGUGCCGCCGGCGGGCCGUCGUCCAAGCUGUCGAGGCUUAAGCUCACCGACAAGGAGCGCAAGAAGUUGCAGGAGAUGAUCAAGAAGGCGGAUAGCCUGGAGGAGAUUAUUCGGUUGGAGAAGGCGUUGAACGAGGGACGGCUGCCGCCGGGGAUCAUGCUGGAAGAUGCCAUGGAGGAGUGAGGUUGAGUAUAUGGAUGGGGGUGUAUCUACAGGGUGAGAUGUUCGAGGCGGCGCUCUUGUCAAGGGGAGAUAUAUUGUGGCUAUGCACGGCCUAG